UUCCAACCGAAACGCUCGGGAGAGGCUGUGGCGCCUCACUUAGGGCAUCCGCACCCUAAAGGCCCCUAGGGUGACGCUUGUAGGCCGACCCGACAAGCAGCCAUCUGGAGUGGAGAUGGUGGGCCUCCCUGAGCACCCAAGUCCGGGAGUUCACACCCGAAAAACGAGUUUCUUGAAUGAGGUAAAUAUCGUUGGAACAAUAAGUCAAUUUCCUAGCACAGGUCUCCCAUAGCGCCUGGUAGUUAGGCAAUAUCUUACCUGCAGUGCAUGGGUGUACUGCGGAGUGGCCUACCCCGAGUCUCGAAGGCGCCGAGCUCCCCUCAUCCGUGAUUUACCAUUUGCCAAAUGCAUCUGUGAAAAACAGUAGCACAUUCUGGACAGGUCUAGGAAAUUGGCUUGUUCCCAGGAUAUUUACUAGGUUUAAGAACCUCGUUUUUGAGGUGCGGGUAGGAAAGAAUCUGAUAUCGCCACAAGCCCCCUCGCUGCACCCCGGCGGCGGUGCGCGUCAUAGGAAAGGUGCAAUUCGGCCAUGUUCGGGCUCGGGCUUUCGGCUGCCCUUUGGGCGGCCCGAGGGGAAGAUUCGUGAGCGCGAAUUGUUUUAAUUGCCCCAGGGCAUGCUCCCACACCGAACGGCACUCUAGCACUGCUAAAGUUUGUGUGUACAAAACAGUGCACCAGCUGGUGCACUCUCUAGAGUACACAGUAGGUCCACAGAUCUCUCGCCGCGGACUGGGUGAAAAGGAUGACGGGCCCCGCAAGCAAUGCGGCCUCGCCGCCCAGGGAGAAGCAGGAGCACCUGACGGAGGCCGCCGUCGCCAACGGCUGCUGCCGGGACCCGGGCGCCGUCGACCCCUUCCGGGAGGCGCUGCCGCAGGUUCUCGCGUCGUGCGCCAAGAACAUGCUGCUCCUCGACAUCGGCAUGACCCUCGCCUUCCCCACCGUCGUGAUAGCCGCCUUGCUCGGCUCCAAGGAGCACCCCAGGGAGCCAGACGAGUUCGGCCUCACCUUUGACGAGUGGCAGGCAUCGUGGUUCGGCAGCCUGAUGCUCAUCUGCCAGCCCUUCGGCUCGGUGCUGUCCGGGCUGCUGCUGGAGCCGCUCGGGCGCAAGCGCGCCAUGCUGCUGGUCAACGCGCCGCACCUGCUGUCCUGGCUGCUGCUGUCCACGGCGCGCUCGCACGCCGCGCUGUUCGCCGCCGCCGCGCUCAUGGGGCUGGGCAUGGGCUUCAUGGAGGCGCCCAUCAUCACGUACGUGGGCGAGAUCUCCACGCCCAAGCUGCGCGGCGCGCUCACCUCCAUGGCCGGCAUCUCCGUCAUGCUGGGCUUCUUCAUCGAGUACCUGCUGGGCACCCUGGUCACGUGGCGCACGGCGGCCUGGGGCAGCGUGGCCGUGCCGCUGCUCACCGUGCUCGCCAUCUCGCAGGUGCCCGAGUCGCCCAUGUGGCUCGUGUCCAAGGGCCGGCUGCGCGACGCGGAGCGCGCCCUGCGCUGGCUGCGCGGCUGGGUGCCGGCCUCCGCCGUGCAGACCGAGCUGGCCGCCCUCGUCCGGUACAACGCGGAGAUGACGGCCAUGUCGGGCGGCAAGGCCUUGAGGGCGGCGGAGCAGGCGAGUGCGGCGGCGGGCGGCGGCGGCCCCAACGGCAACGGCGUCUGCAACGGCGGCUUCGUGGCGGACGACGUGAAGCCGCGGGCCGAGCAGGCGGCCGCGCAGCCCGAGCGCGCCCCCACGGUGGACGUGGCGCCCGGCGGCCGCUACCUGGACGGCGUGCGCGCGCUGCGCAAGAGGGAGACGCUGUGGCCGCUCAUGCUCGUCAUCGCCUUCUUCGUCAUCCACCACUGGACGGGCCUGUCCGGCCUGCGGCCCUUCAUGGUGCCCGUCUUCAGGCAGUUCGGCCUGCCCGUCGACGCCCACUGGCUCACGGUGAGCGUCUCGCGUCCUCUAUGCGCCUUGAGCGGGGAGGCGUGAGAGAAGGACAAGGGCGAUGCGUUACAGUAGCGCCGUCCAUUCCCAUUUUUCCUCUUACGGCUUGCCCUGGCUGGAUUGCACUCAGGUCUACACGGUCGACACCUUGCGGUGGGGGUCAUCGCGGUUUCGCGGGGGUGCCUUGAGGUUCCGUGGUGGUAGCUCGCCGUUUCGUGGGGUGUGCUCGCUUGGAUCCUACCAGAGAAAGCAUACGGUUCGCGAAUCUUUCGCGAGGGGUCCUUUAUCCGAGCCGGUGUCCGGCAGGGCCAGGGAAGUACAGUAGUGUAUUUCGACUAACGGAGGAAGAAGAAUUGCGGGUAGAACAUAAAGGUUCCUGAUUGGCCGAGCGCUUACCCCCAGUACCGGUGUGUCGUAGAGGCGGGAAGUUCUCAACCAAUCGGUAACGUUUAUGUUCUAUACCCGCUAUUCUUCUUCCUCCGUUAGUCGAAAUACACUACACUAGCGCGUGUAAGGGCUACGACACAACAGUAUAGGUGUAUGCCCGGUUUGCCUACUCGGUCCAUCCGUGAGGCUCCAUGGCUCCUCUAGGGCAAACCCGCAACACUUUGUGUCGUAGCCGUGAUACACGGUACAGACUGAGUUGGGUUAAUCAGCAGCCAAGCACAGGCCGAAGGCUUCUCUGCAAUGGAAACAGCGAAGUGUGAAAUGCGGGAAGUAACUGCCUCCGGCGGCCUAUUCCGUUUACGAGUCCACUUUGCCGUCCGACCAAAAGAGAGCCAUUCAAACCCAUCUCAUUUAUCGCGCUCUCGCGAGCGAAAAGGGGCAGAG